AUGUUGCAAACGCAUCUGAUAAGAAAACAAAUAAAUAAUUAUUAGGAUAUUAGUAAUAUGAGCACAGACAAAGACACUCUUUUUACAAUUUUAGUAAAUAUUAAAGAAACUUAUUUCUAAGAAGCUAUAUAUGAUCAUAUGGUAAAAAGCUAAUUUAAGGAAUAUUGCAAUCAACAAACCCAAAGAUUGCAAUAUGCAGAAUUUAAAAAGUUUAUAGACAAUAAAACAGAUGGAAUAAACGAUGCAUAAAUAUAAGCAUUAUUUAAAAUAUUUGACAAAAAUAGAAGUGGAACUAUUUCAUAUGAAGAGUUCACUGCCAUUUUUGCUUAAAUUAGGCACAUUAAAUCUGAUGAAAUCAAGAAACUCUUAUCGCAGAAGAGUGUUAAUUCACAAGGAAGCAAUUAAAGCAGCCAGUAGUAGUUCGUUCCGACUUACAACGUAAGAUAAGAAAUUAAUCCUAUUACAAAUCAACGAAAUAUUAAUAUAGACUUAUAUGUGAAAGAUACUAAACAAGUAUAAGAUUUAAAUCUUGAUUUAAAAAUAUCAUAGUAAUAGACAGGACAAAUGGAAAUCUAACCCUAGCUUUACAUGAAUUAAAUGAAUCCAUAAGGUUAUGGAUAUCCUCCUUUUUAAUAAAAUUAAGGCAUUCCUCAACAACAAUAUGUGCCUAAUCCACUUAUGGAUGAUGACGACGAUAUUAAACAAUCUUCUAAUACAAAUAAAUAUCCUAAUCUUUAUUCUCCAUUUAAUAAUUAGCCAUAUAAAGAUUCUCCUUAACACUAUAAUCCUUAAAAUCAAUAAGUCCCAAGCUAAUAAAUUUGGAGAGAUUCACCUUAAUUUAGAAAUUCUCCUUAGCACUAUCAGCCCUCGAAUUAGAUAGUUUAAAAUAACUAAAAUUAAAGAGACUCCCCUCACAAUUUACAUUUAAAUCAAUAAGGCAUAAAUCCUUAAUAGCAACUACCUUCUUAUAAUUCUCCAGCCCAUUUAUAGUAUAGAGACUCGCCUCAACACCAGCACUUUUAAUAGUAACAGCAAUAAAUUCCUACUCAAGUUUAAUCAAACUAGCAAGGGAACAAUAUUUCAAAAUAUCCUUCGUUAAAUAAACCAGGAAUUUAAAAUGAAUAGGAAGUAGUUAAUGGAUUGAUAGGUAAUAAUGAACCAGAUGUACCCUUAAAUAAAAAAGACGAAGACAGAAUUGUUUAAGAACUUGUCCCAGAAACAAAUUUCGAUAGUUUGAUGAUAAAAUUAGAAACAUUAAAAUAAAUGCACUUAAAGAAUUAGAUUAACUUGUUUAACUUAAAAAAUAUUUCAAAUGCAAGCAAAAUUACAUUCAGGGACUUAACUAAAUUUAUAAACAGUAGUGGCGUUUAAUUAACACAACAAGAGGAACAGUUUUUAAAAGCUGCCCUUGUUGACAAAAACUCUGAAACUGUUUAUAUAAAAGAUUUUUUAAAUCUUUUAGGUGUAAAAGAGUUGAGCUAAAAUAAAAAAAAAGAUGUUAUCCCUACUGUUAAUGUAAAUUAAUAAAAAUAACCUAACAUAAUUUAUCCUCCAUUAAAUAUUAAUUCACCAGUAAAUUAGCUUCCAUAAUAAGAAUUAGUAAAUCAAAAAUAGGGCAAUAAUAUUCCAGCACAAAAUUUCUUACAAGUUUAAAAUAAUAAAAACAACAUUGAAGCAAGCCAAAAAUUAUUUGAUGUAGCAGGUGGGCAAAAAAUAGAUGUGAUGAGAUCAUCUAUUUAAACAAGAAAUUUAUAUGAAAUAGAUACAAAAUCAAAAGGUUUUGAUAAUUUUGUGAGAAAAUUUAAAGAAUACUAGCAAUAAAAUAAACCAUUUACUGAUUCAGAAUUUCAGCCUGUCCCUGAUUCAAUUAUAAGAGAUUCUUCUUUUAGAAAGUAUUAUGAAUGGAGAGAACUUAGUUGGAAAAGACCUGCUUAGAUUUUUGGUCAUAAUAACUAUUAGAUGUUCUAGAAAAUGGAGUCUAUGAAUACAAGUAGAAUAGGUUUAGGAAAAUUGAUAGCUCCAUAAGAUAUUGAGUAAGGAUAGUUAGGUGAUUGCUAUUUCCUGUCAGCUGUGUCUAGUUUAGCUUAAGAACCCCAAAGAAUUAUGAAUUUAUUUAUAACUCGUAUAAAAAAUAACAUAGGUAUGUAUUGUGUUAGAAUUUGCUUUGAUGGAGAGUGGACUGCGGUUUAUGUUGAUGAUUUUAUUCCAUGCAAUAGGAGAGAUACUCCAGCUUUCACUAAAGCAUCUGGAGAAGAAAUUUGGGUACUUAUCCUUGAAAAAGCUUGGGCCAAACUUUUCAAAAGUUAUUAUUCAAUCGAAGCAGGUUACUGUAGAGAGGCAUUAAGAGAUCUUACAGGUGCUCCUACGAAGAGUGUUAUGACUCUUGAAACAGAGUAUGAUGAUUUUGGCAAACCAUAAAAAAGACCUAACGAGAGUCUACCAAUAAUUUUAAAAGAAGCCCUUUCAAAAUAAAAUAAAUUUGUAGUUACAGCCGGAGCUGAUGACGAAGAUGAUUUAACUAGAUCAACUGCUGAUAGACUUGGUUUAGUAAAUUCUCAUGCAUAUAGUAUAAUAGGUGUCAAAGAAAUCACCCAUCCUAAGUUAGGAAAUGUCACUUUAUUGAGAUUGAGAAACCCAUGGGCUAACUAAGAGUGGAAAGGAGACUGGAGUGAUGAUAGUCCUUGUUGGACACCAGAGCUUAGAGAUUAACUAAGAGUAAAGAAUGUUGACGAUGGUAUAUUUUACAUGAGUGUAAAAGAUUUUAUGAAAUAUUUUGACGAUGUGUGUAUAUGCUACUAUCAUGAUGAUUAUCAAUAUAAUAGUAUCCGUAUAAAUAAUUCUACAGCAAAACGCUCUGCUUAUACUAGAUUAAGAAUAGAAAAAGAAGGUACAUAUUACAUAUCAAUAAUAUAACCUAACAAAAGGCAUUUUGAAAAUGUAAGUAAUUAUAAAUAUUCGUGUAGCAGACUUUUUAUUUCUUAAGUUACUGGACCAGAUGGAAAACCAAACUAAAGAUAUAUAGGAGCUAUUUAAAAGAGAGAUAGAGAAAUUUUUGUAGAAUGUAAUCUCACCCCAGGAAAUUAUUUAAUCUAAUCCAAAAUUUUUUGGGAAACAAACGCAGCUAAUUCUUAUGUAGUAUCUACAUAUGGUGUUGCACAAACUAAGUUAGAUUAAGUUGAUAAAAAUUAAGUUCCUCCUUUCAUGAAUGAAUGUUUGAUUCAAAAAGCUCGUAAAAGUACAAAGCUUAAACAACUAAGAUAAUAUCCUGAAAUAUUAAAGGAGAUUCUCCUAGAAGUAAAAGAAGGAUUUGGUUAUUAUUAUGUCUAAAAUAAUUCAAGUAAAACACUUGAUAUGGAAGUUAAUUUUACUUAAUCGGAUAGUAUAAAACUAAGAAAACCAAAUCGUAUGCCUAUCCUUAAAUUUGUUGUCCCACCAAAAACCGAAUUCAUAGCUCCAUUUACAGUUUCGUUUAAAGGCUAUAAUUUUAAAAGUAGCGAAUCCUAUACUGUAAGCUGA